AUUCACCCCCCAAGCUAUUCAAUCCGACCGUCUUCCCGUGGUGGGUAGAGGCCCCCCUCUCGCCAAACCGCCAACAUUCUGGUUUCGUACGUUGAUAUAUCACUCUGGCGUCUCGCGCGAUCCGAGCAGCCGGCCUAGCAGUUGGCCUUGGUCUCACUGCCUUAGCCACCUAUCAACGAUCCAGGCAAGGCCAGAUGGCGUCUAGAAAUCUCCACCUAGAUGCGGUUCAUGGUCUCGAGGUCGUCUACUGCCACGCAUGUCAGCAUGAGUGGUACAGGGACGGCCCUCGCGGUACCUUGAUCUGUCCUCUAUGUCAGGGUGAUAUUACCGAGAUUCUAGGUAUCCCCUGAGAAUGACCCCCGAAUCGAAUAUGAACCAAUGUUUGGCCCCCCACGCCGCCCCCGUUAUCUUUUUCAUGAUACCGAUUCCGAUCCCGAGGAGGAAGAUGUCGAGGAGCAUUUUAUGAAUGACCCCGGACCAUUCUUAAACAGCCGGCCCGCUUUCCGGCCUCCCUAUCCGCAGGAUGCCGGGCACGAGACGAGAGCGAUUCCCGAUAAUCCCGAGCAGAUAAUACGCAGAUUUACCGAGAUGAUGGACGGCAUCGGUGGUCGUACUACGUUCGGUCGAUCAGGCCCGGAAACGUUAUUUGGCGGCCCUCACCGAGUUCAAUUCCACACGCUUUCCAAUAUCGGAAGCAACGGCGGCACUGGCGUCAGAAGCUUCACAUUUACCACCGGCUCGGGAAGGAGUCCCUCCGGACUAGGCGCUGGGACGGAGGGCGAGGAUCCUUUUCAAAGUACGCUGAGAGACUUUCUUGGAGGUGUAAAUCCGACUCCUGCGGAUCCUGACACCCGCCAACCCCCUGAUUUCUCGAGAAUGUUGGGCCACCUGAUGAUGACCAUGUUCGAUCCCCACACGAUGCAUGGCGACGCAGUCUACUCUCAAGAAGCGCUCGACCGAAUUAUCACGAAUUUAAUGGAAGCCAAUCCUCAAUCGAACGCGCCAGCGCCUGCUUCGGAGGAAGCGAUCGCAACGCUCCCCAAAAAGAAAUUGAAUGAGCAGAUGCUCGGAUCCGAGCUGAAGGGCGAGUGCACUAUCUGUAUUGAUGACAUGGCGGUGGGGGAUGAGGUUGUUGUUUUGCCGUGCAGGCAUUGGUUUCACGAAGAAUGCGUUGUCUUGUGGCUAAAGCAACACAAUACGUGUCCUAUCUGCCGCGCGCCGAUUGACGGCGAGGCUGCCGGUCACCCCGGAGGCGCAGCUGAGGCCAUGCAACCCGAGUCGGCCAGCGCUCCAUCCUCCUCCCGUGCCCAGGCCCGAGUCCGACCCCGAGCGGAGCGAAGGGGAGCCGACCAAACCGGCUUCUCCAGUCGACAUCCCGAAUAUCAGCAACGUCCCCCUUCUCCUCCGGGAUACUAUGGAGCUCCAGCGCAGCCGCCGAGACCACAAAGCCCACCCAACCGCCAUCGUUCAGGUCACGGCGAUAGGACCCGUAAUAACAGAGGCUCAUCUGCCGGUCCGUUACGUUGGUUUAUGGGUCAAUUUGGUGGAGGGGACAGGCGCACUUGAUCAUGACGCCGAUACGGUCGGUCCCGCCCAUCUGGGUCCUCAUCUGGAUCUUGUGGUGGGGCGACGUCCCUCGAAAUCAGUGAGUGCUGCGUAGAACGCGAGGGCGGACUAGACACCGGCG